GCUGCUGCGGCACGAGCAUCAGAGCUCAACUGUCGGUGCUGUCUGUGUGAUGAGAACAGUCAAAUCGUAAUGGCGACUGCUGGAACAGCAGACUCGGGAUCAACAGCCCCGACAGAUAUUAGGACUCAGUUCUGGAGGAGAGCAUUUCAGCGAGGGACCAGUGGCAUCCGAAAAAUGGCCCCUUCAGAGAUGCCUGGCUCUUCAGGCACACAUCAGAGUAUGAAGAAGACCAUCGGACACCGGGGGGUAGAGACCACCACAGGAGAGACCACCUAUAAAAAGACCACGUCGUCUGCCCUAAAAGGUGCAAUCCAGCUGGGCAUCACUCACACAGUUGGCAGCUUGAGCCAGAAGGCAGAGAGGGAUGUUCUUAUGCAGGAUUUUGUGGUGGUCGAAAGCAUCUUCUUCCCCAGUGAAGGCAGUAAUCUGACUCCUGCUCAUCACUACAGUGACUUUCGCUUCAAGACCUAUGCUCCUAUUGCCUUUCGUUACUUCAGAGAACUGUUUGGCAUUCGGCCAGAUGACUACCUGUAUUCUCUGUGUAACGAGCCACUGAUCGAGCUGUCUAACCCCGGGGCCAGCGGAUCCCUCUUCUAUGUCUCCAGUGAUGAUGAGUUCAUUAUCAAGACUGUUCAGCACAAAGAGGCAGAGUUCCUCCAGAAACUGCUGCCUGGAUACUUCAUGAACAUAAACCAAAACAAGCGCACCCUGCUACCCAAGUUCUACGGACUGUAUUGCGUUCAGGCAGGGGGCAAGAAUAUCCGUAUUGUAGUGAUGAACAAUCUCCUGCCCCGGAUCAUCCCCAUGCACCUCAAAUACGACCUGAAGGGCUCCACCUAUAAGAGACGAGCUUCCCCCAAGGAGAGAGAAAAGGCGGUUCCCAUUUACAAAGACCUGGACUUCAUCCAAGACCUGCCUGAUGGUCUGCUGCUGGAAGCGGACAACUACAAUGCCCUGUGCAAGACUAUUCAGAGGGACUGCUUGCUCUUGCAGAGUUUCAAGAUCAUGGACUACAGUCUGUUGAUGGGCAUCCACAACAUGGACCAGGCCAGUCGAGAGCGGGAGCGUAGCGGGGGCAACUCGGGCGACAGCGGGGGGUCGGAGGGAGCAGUGACCCCAGAUCAGCGCCGGCCACAAGCUCAGAAAAGUCUGUACUGUACAGCCAUGGAGUCCAUUCAGGGCGAGGCUCGAGGGAAGGGAGUUCUGGAUUCAGAAGAUCACAUGGGCGGUAUUCCAUCUCGUAACAGUAAAGGAGAGAGGCUGCUGAUCUACAUUGGCAUCAUUGACAUCCUCCAGUCCUACAGGUUUAUUAAGAAGUUGGAGCACUCCUGGAAGGCUUUGGUCCAUGAUGGGGACACAGUGUCAGUUCACAGACCUGGCUUCUAUGCAGAUCGUUUCCAGCAAUUUAUGUGCAACACGGUGUUCAAGAAAAUUCCACUAAAACCAUCACCAUCAAAGAAGAGUCGUGGUGGAGGUCAGGGAGGCCUUAGGAGGGCCCCCACCCUGGGAGCUCCCACCCCGCUCUCCCACGCAACAGGACAGUCGGUUGACUCCAGACUAGUCUACCACAGCCACUUCAAAAGCACAGAUUCAGAGGCUGACUGUGGCGUGCAGUUGGGUAGACCAGAUCUUGUUCCGAGGACUCCACCUCUGGGAGAAAACCCUGCUGACUAUGAGGCUAACCUGUCCACCUCGUCACUAGGCAGCACGGGAAUUGCCUCCACUUCUCCCCCACUACGGUCUGUGGGGGUGGAGGUCCACAAAUCAGCAAACACAGAGUUUGACCACCACAGUUUGGGUGCAGAAGGUGCUGUAGAUAAUUCGGGCAACCUGUCUGGAAACGAAGACGUAAUUUCACUCUCAGACAUCAUACCUGAGACCAACAUCUGCUUUUAAAAAGUCACACGUGAAGACGAGGCAUUUCUGGACAAGGUGAGGUGGGUGGAAGUAAGAGAGUGAAAGUCACGCAUCCACCACGGACCCUCCGUUGCACCUCUGUUGUUCUCUCACCCGUACAGUAUAUACAUGGACUGCUGGAUGAAGCAGUGAGGUGCAGUGGAGGCUGUGACAGUGAAGAAAACAACAGUGGGAAGAUCAUGAAGAAGAAGGGUGUGCGGUAGGCUUUACUUUCCACAGCCAUCGACAUCCCAAAGCCCAGUUGUCUCUGAUAUACACCUGAAUAAAAGGCUCACGACCCUGAAUUUACAGCUCCCUAUUAGAUCUGGCAGCGUAACGUUGACUAAACAAAGAUUUCUCUUCACGUUCAGAACAUGAAGGAUGCUUCGAUGACAUCACAAACAAAAUGAUUAGUUGUAUAUUGUUAAAAGCCUGCAAACACAGUCACCAGUGGAUGGUGAAGGCAGUCAGACUAUCCAUGAAGAGUCAGUCAUCAUGUCCACUUUUCGCAGCAUGAAGCGAUUGUGAGAUGACAGCAUUUCAGCAAGAACACACACACACACACACACACACUUAAGAGCACAUGAAGGGCAGAGCCUGUGUUUGUAGGAGUGAAUAUUAGCCUCUGUAUUCAUGCGAAGUCCAAGUGGGUUCACAUUUCCGUGAUUCACACUGUAGUGUUCCCAUCUCCGCACAUCCAUUUCCCCCCUCGACACUCCUCAUGAGCGGGGCACUCUGAGCUAUCAACAGUCCCUGUUCGAAUCAACACUUGCUCACUUGCUGCUGUUGACUCUGCAAUUAUGUAUGCAUUUCUUUUUACUGAUCGUAGAUGUACAGUAUUUGUUUGAAAUCGGGGAGGGGAUGGGUUAAACCAGACCUAUGCGGUCAUUUUGUUUCACGUUUUGUCAUAAGUUAUUCUGCUGGAAGCCACGGCGGUGCGGCACAGGUCCAUCUCGAUCUUGCCACUGCUGAAUGUACAUUACAAUGUUUUUUCUUAUAUAGAACGUGUCUUAUUAACAUGGCAGACCACAUUUGUACAACCCUGAGAAUCUCCCCCUCUGAUGUGACCAUAUGUGCUAUAAAUGAACACAGAGAGAAGAGCUGUCGGCUGCAUGGCCGGCCAGUAGAUGCUGAUAAAUGAAGUCAUGGUAAUAAGCUAGUAGAGGAGUAAUAAUUUCCAGCAGCUACUGUCAUUCGUCUGUCAUGUCUGUGCCUUUACAUGUUUGUCCCUUCCGUAACGUGAUGGACUUUUUAUUUUUACAGGUUAGUGUUGUAGUCACACAAAAAAACCUGCCUUAUCACUACAGCUGAAGUCAUCAAACUGCCAUUUGUAUGUCUGGACCAACAAUCAGGGCUUCAAAGAAUUUCAGAUUUUAAUGCAAACACUAGUACAAUCCCUUUUGGUUACGUUGAGCGCUCAGUCGCUGUGGUUCAUCAGCUCAGCUGAUCCGUUCAACUGUCCCCAUGUCAGACAAUAAGGAUGUCUGUCUCUUAUUAUUCAUUUCUGCUGGUUACAGAAAUGACCCCCGCCCACAUCCACCCUUGGACCAAUAUUAACAACCACAUGUAUAACUAAUAUUUGUAUGUUUUGUAUGUAGUAUUACUCAGCUUUUACUCAGCUGUUCAUAAUAAUUAUGCUUUGUUUUCACAGAAUGUUUGUGUUUAUGUUUAAGGCACUAAACAAGCUGCAGAGGUGGCUGGCAGAGACCCCCCCCCCGAUAUUUCUGAUACAGACAUUUGAAUCACUACCAAGUGACUGUAGCAAAACUCAAGAUUUUAGGUCCCAGACACACCAAAUUCACAUAAAGUGGCAACACCUUUGUCGCCUUUGUCUCAGCCAAAAAGUUGCACUUCAACACAUCACAAACACUUCAGCUGGCAGCAAACUGCACGUACACACUGCUCUUGCAUAAGAGGAAAUAACUCCAUACCAGCAGGCGGCAGUACUCUGUAUUCGUCAUUUACAAAUGGAAACCAGAAGACAGACAGGAUGCAUUCAAGACGCUAGUUAGCCAGUUAGCACAUUAAGGGGCUGUACACAUGCCACGUCUUUAAAUGCGAGGUCAGGCGUUGGGUGCAGCUUUUAAGAGCGCGGCGGCAGGUUGUCAACAAGCACAGUACUGUAGCCCGUCUACCUGAAAUCCUGAGUGCAGAGCUGAUCUUCUUCCUGGUGCUGUUUAUAAGUGUGUAGGCCUAUGGUCCGUGGGAUAGAUGUAAAGCUCUGGCAGCCCUGCAAUAACAUGAUCAACUUUUCCAUAUUUACCACAGACUGAUAUUUACGGAAGAAGGGAAGGAUAUCUGUCGGCUGUGAUUGGUUGUUCCUCGUCACGACACUUGGUGCGCGCUGCUGCGUUCCGAAAGUUGCUCGGUUUAUCUCAGAGCACAGUAGCCGCGCCCCACAAAAUAGACAACUGGUAAGGAGUAUGCGUCACCCCUGGCGUUUGAGCGCGUCUGCCAUGUGUCUAUAUUGAAAACAAUGAAUUUGAGGGUGCAAAAAACACGGCUUGUGUACAGCCCCCAACGAAAUAAGCUCGCUCACGUCAAAAGAGGAAAGAAUAUUUACUGUGCAAUAGCAAACAGUAACACAAACAAAUAAGAAUGGUUUCUCCAAAAGAGCUCAGUGCAUAAAAACAAAUCAAAACCGUCGUGACUUUUACCAUUUGUUUACUUUCCUCACUUCCAUUUGUCCUUUGUGCACUGAGCUGAACUGCCAAUCAAAGUGAUUUUAUUCAUUCAUGGCUAUUGACGAGUGCCAGUGAGCAGGACACCACAAACACAUUGACCACAUUGGUCAACGUUGGGCUGUUGGUGAGCGCCUGUCACCCUAGUUUUUGCUAGUAUGGUGGUAUGAAGUUAUUUCCUCUCAUGUAGGCACUGAAAGUACGUCCUAGUUGGCCAUUGGCUACCAUUUUUUCAGUGCGUUCAGUGCAACUUUUUGGCUGUGACACAGGCGAUGUGGGGCGACGCAACAGUUGGCCUUCGUCGCCUCGACUUCUUUGAUGUCUAUUACUGUGUCUGGGCUCUUAGACAUCAUCUCAUUUGAGGAAGUGCUGUCUAUGUUUUGUAGGCACAUUUGGUCUAUGCAGCAGAGAGGGGAGAAGGGGAAAUGUGAGUUUUGAACAUAGAAAGGAAGGAAAACAACUCAUGUCCAUCAAUGCACAGUUGAGGAUUUAGGACUGAGUCUUUUGUAGUAUAAGAAAGUUGCGGCACCAAAGAAAGGAGUGGAGAGUUCCUGCGAUUCUUCAGGAUCCAGUACAUGAAAAAGAAAUGAGGCACUCCUCGAUACCUGCAUGGACUGAUAAUGUUGUACAUGGUAAUAACACUGGGUCGACCUGUGUUUCUAAGGAUCUAUUGUUAAACUGGAUGUUUUGUUUUGUUUGCUAAAUCAUUUCAUGUCUGAUAAGCUGUAUCUGACAUAAAACUUUUGUUUCUUUAUGGAAGAAUCGGUUUACUUUGUGGCCUGAGACAUUUCAAGAUUGAACUCCACAUUCCUGUGAAAUUCAAGUUAAAUUUACUACAAAUGUGGUAGCCCUCAGAGCGCAUUACAUACGACCCUUGUAUAGGUGGGAUGAUGUACUUGAAUUGUUUCUGGUAUUAUGCUGAAAUGAUUUCCGACAGAUCAGUUUAAAGUUGUAUUUAGUUGGAUCAGAAGUCAAACAGCCACCAAAGAAAACACUCCUAUAGAUAAAUUCUGUCUCAUUAGAAAAAUCCAGAUUAUAUUUUGUGACACCUGGAUUUUGAUGAUGUAACUUUUUUUUUUCUUUUUUGAUGGGUGGUACUGUGUAAUUGCAGAUGCAGAUCACUUCUGUUGCAGUUGUUAUGUACUACACCAUGGCACAAGAGAAACAUCAUCCAACGGUGCUUAAAGGGCGGUGCACUCAGCAUAGACACUACAGUAUAUUUGAAGUAAUGCAAUAUGAACCACAAUCUGCCACCUUUCAGCUCUAAGAAGAAUAUUUAUUGAUAUGGUUGAUUGCUGCAGGCUGAGUUGAUAAAAGUUGUAUUAUGUACUUUUUAGAUGAUUGUACGUAUACUGUAUACUGACAGAAGGAUGUCUGAAACUUUAUAGUGUGUGUUGCCUAUGAAGGGGGACUAUUUGACAAUUUCACUUUUUAUAUUUCAUGUUUAGAUUGUGAUAUGACGGAUAUAUUCGCUCCAUGAUUAUUCUGGGUUGUUAAUCUCCCACGCUUUUUCUACAUGAAUGUUUCACACGGCUCACGAGCCAACGUUGCUGGUUGUCCUACGAUGCUUCGAUUACUAUAUUUUUACUGUGUAUAAAAUGUGUAUAUGUACAUAGGAGUCACGGAAAUGCCUUCUCAUGCAAUAUGUGCUGCCUGUCCCUCCUGCCAUGUUUCAGUUAUGUGGUGGUGAUGUUUUCAUGUCUGAUUUUAAAGGAUUAAACAUAUUUUCUAAAUCUUG